AAGCUUCCCGGGAACCUCUUGGGUGGGCGGGGAGGAGCCGGCAAGAUGGCAGCACAGGCGCUGUCUCUGUUGAGGGAGGUGGCGCGGCUGGAAGCGCCUUUGGAAGAGCUACGUGCGCUACAAUCGGUGGUACAGGCUGUACCGCUCAGCGAGCUUCGAGAGCAGGCGGCGGAGUUGCACCUCGCCCCCCUUUUCUCCCUGCUAAACGACAACCAUCGAGAACAGACUGCUUUGUGUGUAUCCAUUCUGGAGAGACUGCUUCAAGCUGUAGAACCAGUUCACGUGGCCAGAAACCUCAGGGUUGACCUACAGAGGGGACUGACACACCCUGAUGAUACUGUAAAAAUCCUCACUCUGUCCCAGGUUGGAAGAAUUGUUGAAAAUUCUGAUGCUGUUACUGAGAUUCUAAAUAAUGCUGAACUACUGAAACAAAUUGUGUAUUGCAUUGGUGGAGAGAAUCUAUCUGUAGCUAAAGCGGCUAUCAAAUCCCUGUCAAGAAUAUCCCUAACACAAGCUGGACUCGAAGCUUUAUUUGAGAGCAAUCUGCUGGACGAUUUGAAAAACGUAAUGAAAACAAAUGAUGUUGUUCGAUAUAGAGUGUAUGAGCUAAUUAUAGAGAUUUCUUCUGUGUCACCAGAAUCUUUACACUACUGUACGAUGAGUGGAUUAGUAACCCAGCUCCUGAGAGAGCUGACAGGUGAAGAUGUGCUGGUCAGAGCCACAUGUAUAGAGAUGGUGACCUCACUGGCAUAUACCCCUCAUGGACGACAGUACCUUGCUCAAGAAGGAGUAAUUGACCAAAUUUCUAACAUAAUUGUUGGGGCAGAUUCAGACCCUUUCUUUAGCUUCUAUCUUCCAGGAUUUGUGAAGUUUUUUGGAAACCUGGCUGUCAUGGAUAGUCCUCAGCAGAUCUGUGAGCGUUACCCUGUCUUUGUGGAGAAGGUGUUUGAGAUGACAGAAAGUCAGGAUCCCACCAUGAUUGGUGUAGCUGUAGACACAAUUGGAAUCCUGGGAUCCAAUGUUGAAGGAAAGCAGGUUUUACAUAAAACAGGAACUCGCUUUGAAGGCUUGCUCAUGAGAAUAGGACAUCAAGCAAAGAAUGCCUCUACAGAAUUAAAAAUUAGAUGCUUGGAUGCGGUUUCAUCUCUUCUGUAUUUACCACCUGAGCAGCAGACUGACGACCUUCUGAGGAUGACAGAAUCCUGGUUUUCCUCUUUAUCUCGAGACCCACUGGAGCUCUUCCGUGGCAUCAGUAAUCAGCCCUUCCCUGAACUACAUUGUGCUGCCUUGAAGGUGUUCACGGCUAUUGCAGACCAACCUUGGGCUCAGAAACUUAUGUUUAACAGUCCCGGCUUUGUAGAGUAUGUGAUGGACCGGUCUGUAGAGCAUGACAAAGCUUCAAAGGAUGCCAAAUAUGAACUGGUGAAAGCACUUGCCAAUUCUAAGACAAUUGCAGAAAUCUUUGGGAACCCAAAUUAUUUGAGGCUUAGAACUUACCUGAGUGAAGGUCCAUACUAUGUGAAACCUGUUGCCACAACAGCAGUAGAAGGAGCUGAUUGAUCUCUUUUAGAGUCCAAUGUAGAGGACCACGUUUUGACCACUUUUCCAAAGACAUUUGCCUCCAUCCGUAGUUUACAAAACAGAGACAUCCCUUCGCCCAGAAUACUGUGGAGUGUCUAAUGUAACUUUAUCUCCAGCGUUGUUAUGUUUCUAUAUUGAAAUACAAAGUGGAACCAGGAGUUUGGAAUACAUUAAGAGGAACCAAACAUGAUCAUAAAGAACAAGUGUUUUUCGGAUUCUUGUGGCUGCCUUAAUCUUUGCAAGAAGAUGGAAGUUUUGUUCUUCUAAGAAAAUUUUCUUGGAUCUACUCAAGGUCUUAAUUAGAAAACCAUUUCAAAUAUGUGAAACCAAAUUAUUUUGGAAUUCUUUCUCAUUUUCUUUUUGUUAUUUUUCAUCUUGUAAUUCCACUUCAUUCAAAGUCUUGAGUGUUUUUCAAAAAUAAGUAGUUUAGAUUCCUAAAAUUAUGUUCUGUAUAUGAAGAAUAAAUACUUUUAAUAAGGUCUCAA